AAAUGUCUGUUAAUAGUAAAUACAAAAUCAUUAUGUUUGUAUAAUUUGGUUGUCAUAGUUAUUUAGACUUGGCGUCUACUAUAUGGUAUCAGAUUUUUUUUUAAAAAUUUUGAAAAUGAGUCUGUACCUUGAAUACAAAAUAAAAACUAAUCAGAAUAAUGUAACCACUAGUAUAAGUUAUCAUCGCCAACUUGGUUUAUUGGCGAUUCUAUCUUAUACUCAAAAUGAUGAAGCACAAAUUCUAAUUUGUGAUGAAUUAGGUGAAAAUUUGCACAAUUCUGGUCCAAAUAUUUGUAAAGGUCACAUUACUUCAUUUUGUUGGCAUCCUACUCAGCGUACCCUAGCUAUUGGUUCAAACAGUGGUGACAUUUGUAUUUGGAAUGGUGGAUUAGUAACUACUUUAGAUUCUUUCCACGAAGGACCUAUUGUAUUUUCAAAAUGGUCAUCACUUGGAGGUUGUUUAGUAACUGGUGAUCAGACUGGUGUAAUAGUUGGUUGGAAAUCAGAUAGCCGAGGGUUACUGAAAAUGGUAUUUAAAUCAAAUGUAAAUGCUCUUUUAUUGAAAGAAAUUGCAUUUAGAGCAGGAAGAGCUGCAAUUGAUAUUUCUAAUUUAGCUAAAAUGGCAGUAGCUGGUGAUCAAAGUGCUUUAGAUAUAUUUAGUUCUUGGCGCCCUCGUACAACAACACACUGUCCACGGACAGUUACUACAGAUAAUAUAACAUUUUAUUGUGCUGCAAAGUCAGGAGAAUUAUAUUAUUUCGAUGAAGAUGGAGAAUUUAAAAUUAUACUUAUAUCCAAGUCAAUAAUUCUAAGAAUUUUAUGUCAUGAAUCAAAAGACAUUUGUAUUUUAGUAUGCAAGGACUUAACUGUAGCUUAUUAUAAAUGUCAUAAAAAAGGUUCAUUAACUGAAGUUUCAAAAGUUAAAUUAAAUGGAUUAAAAGAAGAUGUUAGUAUAAUUUGGACGGGUCCAUCGUUAUUAGCAUGUACCACAAAUGAUCUAUUUAUUCAUUUUUGGGACAUUGAGUCUGGAAAUAGUUAUGUUAUAUCUGCACAAAUUCCUUAUUCUUCUUCAUUUCCUAAACAAACAUUUAUAAAUAUUUCUUACACAAAAGAAAAAGGAUUAUUAUGCGCUGCUACAAAUCUUGGGAAUAUUAUUAUUUGGCGUUUUGAUGAAGAAAUCGAGGACCAGUGGAUUAUUCAAGGGUCUUGUAAAAUCCAAGAUAGUAUAAAACACUGUACUUGGGGUCCAUUAAAUCUUGCAGUACAUGCAAUAAAUGGAAUUUAUAUUUUACGCGAACAUGCAUUGUUAGCUAGUUAUAAAGAAGAAAUGGGUGUUGUACAAAUUUCCGCUAACACCCUUAAUAUAUUUUACUGUUGUAAAGAUGAACCACUUAAUUUUAGCACUGAUUUCCAAAUAAUAGGUCUAGCUUUAUCUAAGGAGCAUAUUUGUUUAUGGAAUGGUAAAUCAAUAUCAGUUUAUAACACAAAAACUGAAGAAUUACCAGUUAUGGUUGGAAUGUUUAAUUGCGAUGUACAAGAAGCAUGCAUUUAUGAUAGAAUUUUAAUUGUUGCUGAAAAUAGUGGUAAAUUACAAAUAAGAACAUUUCAAGGUACUAUUAAACAGACUUUGGAUAUUGAAACACCAAUAGUUUGUCUCAGUUUAAAUAAUUACUAUUUAGCGGUUGUAACAUUGUCUGGAAUUAUUCACAUCUGGGAUUUGAAUAGAAGAGAAGCAAAAUCCAUGUGCAAACCAAAAGAUUUAACAAUAGAUAUAACUGAUUUUGGUGAAGCUAUUCAAUUGCGUUUAAAUAGCAAUGGUACUAAAAUAUCAUUUACAGCAGCCAACUUAAAUUUAGUACCAAUGGCAAGAUUAUAUGUUUGGGAUCGAGAUUUGGAUACAAUAUAUGUAAAACAUUUUGAUAAUGGUUUAGAUAUUGAUGAAAUGAAAUAUACUGAUACAAGAUUUAUUGUUUCUCAUUAUUGGGAUACAAAUGAGCUAAAUUUAUUAUUUUGUGAAGCUAAGAGUAUUGACAAACCUGAAAAAAAAUCACUAAAACCAAGUUUAUACACAGCAAUAAACAGAAAAAAAAAAAAGUUGGACGGUUCCUCGAUCAUCCUCAGUAUGUUCUUUAUAGAACAUAAAGGUAUUAAAAUUCAGAAUAUUAUUCAUUGUCCAGAUCAAUUUUAUGCUUUAUUAGGACUUGAUGCUCCUUAUUAUAUAAUAUCAUGCAAACAUAAUACAAAUGCUAAAAUACGAAUUGAACGCCGACUCAUGAAGGAGUUUGAAGGUAUUGAAAACUGUAAUUCUGAUAUUCGAGCAGCUAUCAUUAAUUUUGGUUAUAAUCUAUGUCUUGGGGAUUUAGAUCUUGCUUUCAAUUUUAUUAGCAAUAUUAAAAGUUCUGCCGUUUGGAUAAGUUUAGCUAAAAUGUGUGUAAAAACAAAACGAUUAGAUGUAGCAGAAAUAUGUCUUGGGCAUAUGAAAGAUUGUAGAGGAGUAGCAAUUUUACGUUCAAUUAAUAAAGAGGAGCUAGAUGCAAAAAUAGCUUGUCUUGCGGCUCAUCUAGGAAUGUAUGAUGAAGCUGAGGAACUUUAUAAAUGCUGUAAUCGCUAUGAUCUUCUCAAUAGAUUUUACAGAGCUCGAAAUGAAAUAAAUGCAUCUUUAGAUGUAGCUGAAACAAAAGAUCGUAUACAUCUUAGAAAUACAUAUUUUAAUGUAGGUCGGAAUUUUGAAAAUAAAGGAGAUGUAGUUGGUGCAGCUGCUAUGUAUUGCAAAUCUGAAACACAUGGAUUUGCUAUACCAAAGAUGUUGUUAGAUGAUCCUGUCACUUUGGAAAAUUACAUUAUAAAAAAUAAAAAUCCAGUUUUAUUAAAAUGGUGGGCUCAAUAUUUAGAAGGCUGUGGUGACAUGGAUAGUGCAAUUAAAUAUUAUCAACAAGCAAAUGAUCAUUUAUCCACUGUCCGUAUAUAUUGUUAUCUUGGUAAUUUAGAACAAGCAGCUCAAAUUUGUAUGAACACUAGUGACAAAGCUGCUUGUUGUCAUCUUGCUAGGUCAUAUGAAGUACAAGGACUAUAUGAAGAAGCUGUAAAGAUGUAUGUUGAUGCCACUGCGUAUGUAAAUGCUAUCCGUUUAUGCAAGGAGCAAUUUUUUGAUAACCAUCUUUGGAAUAUAGCUUUAUUAGCCGAUACCAGAGAGAAACUAGGUGUAGCCCAAUAUUUUGAACAAAUUUCACCUGAUAAAGCAGUUGUACUUUAUCAUCAAGCUGGUUAUUUACAUAAAGCUAUUGAUUUAGCAUUUAAGUAUCAAAAUUAUGAUGCUAUUGUUACUAUGUCUCAAGAACUAAACAUAGAAGAUGAUUCAAAUUUAUUAUUAAAAUGUUCAAACUUUUUCAUGACCCAAGGACAUUAUGACAAUGCAGUUAACUUAUUAGCAAUGGCUAACAAGUUUGAAGAAGCUGUAGAUCAAUGCCAAGAGCAUAAAGUUAUUAUUACUGAAACACUUGCAGAUCGUUUAACACCUCCAUCUAACCAUGUAAAGCGUACAAUUAUACUAGAGAAACUUGCUGAAUGUGCAAUGAUGCAAGCAAAUUACCAUAUAGCAGCAAAAAAAUUUACUCAGGCUGGACAAAAGAUAAAAGCCAUGAAAGCGUUAUUGAAAUCAGGAGACACGGAAAAAAUUAUAUUUUAUGCAAAUGUUUCUAGACAGCAUGAAAUAUAUAUUAUGGCUGCAAAUUAUUUACAAACACUUGAUUGGCAAGAGCGUCCAGAUUUUUUGAAAACAAUUGUAUCGUUUUAUAACAAAGGAAAGGCUCCUCAUCUUUUGGCUAACUUUUAUGUGUCUUGUGCCCAAUUAGAAGUUGAUGAGUAUCGCAAUUACAGCAAAGCUGUAGGUGCUUUAUCUGAAGCAUUAAAAGUUUUGUCAAAGGAUAGUGAUAAGUAUAAAACAUUAAUAGAAGACAUUGCUAAAAAAAUAACAUUAGUAAAAAAAUUUCUUGAAAUUAAAAGGCAAAUUGACAAUGGUGAUGGUGAUUCAGGAAUGACAUUAUGUCGACAAAUUUUGUCAGCUCCAAGUGUGGAUAUACUUAGGUAUGGAGAUGUAUAUUCAUUGAUGAUUGAAUAUUAUACUAAUCAAGGUGAUAAUAAAACAGCAAUUAAAUUGGUGAAUGAAUUAUUAGUUCGUACUAAACAAAAAGAUAAUUUACUUUUUUACAUUGAUAAAGAUCUUUUAAGAAAAUUAGGUUUUGAAAAAGAAUAUUCUAAAGAAAACACCAUUGAUGAAGAUGAAGAAAUUCUGGAAGUAUAAAUCCACGGCUUUGAAUAUAAUUUAUUCAAUAACAUCAUUCAACAAUUUCAUUAUUUUAUUUAUU